ACGUUCGAGAGAAAUAUACCAUUGUCUAAAGAGCGUUGGCCAAGCGAACUCCGGCAGUCUGCACGUCCAGCAUUAGCUGUCCGAACGAACACACGGAGCUUGUCUGGUCAAUUUCUGUACGUAGGGCGGAGGACGAGUUGCUCAUGGCCGUGCAAGAAGAGAACAAUAACUUCGCUGAACGCCCUAAGACCGUAAGGCUAUAAAGAAGGAUCAAGUCUUGUCCAGGCCGCCGAGAGAAGUUGACCACUCGCUCGCCAUAUGUUGUCCUUCUCCUUCGAGCUUCAAGAAAUUUUUUGGCAGCAUUGGUGCAUCUCAUAUUCUUACUAUCAUCGCAUUGUAGUUGCAUUUGAAAAGGCAUGAGCACCCGCAAGCGUCUGAGCUUCAAUGUGAAGCUCAACACGACGGGUGACACGAUCACCAUCCACAUCUCAGAUCCAUCAAACCUGCAGGCCGAUAACUUAGCACUCGCCACCUGGGGCUCUUCGGAAGUGCUGGCUAACACCUUGCACCGCCUGCCCACUCCCGACUUCGCGGGUACCGGGGCCAUUGCAGGCCUAGGCUCGGUCCUCGAAUUGGGAGCAGGGACGGGGCUUGUCGGCCUGAGUGCGGCUGCCAUUUGGAGGGUCUGGGUCACUUUGACGGAUCUCGAACCGAUACUGCCGAAUAUCAAAGCCAACAUCGAGCUCAACCGAGCUGUUAUCAGAGGCUACGGCGGCUCGGCAGCAUGCGGUAUGCUGGACUGGGCACGACCGGAUCUACUUACAUUCUUCGUACCGGAGCACGAAAGUCAACUCACUGCCGAUGCAAGCGGAGAGUGGAAGCCUUGGAAGUUCCGUGUUGUGUUAGCAGCAGAUACUGUUUACAGCGAAGAGCAUCCUGAGCUUCUGACUAAAGCGGUGACUGCGCGGCUUGAGCGUUCGCCGAAGGCGAGGUUCAUCAUGUGCUAUCCUUUACGCAUCGGAUAUUUGGAUCAUAUUCGUGAUCUGUGGGAACGCCUUGAGCUUGCAGGGCUGGGGUGUAUGCAGGAAGGACGGGAGUCGCUUCACGAAGAAUGGGACGAAGACACGCCGUACGAGUGGUGCGUUUGGCGCUGGCGCGGAGACAUAUGAGAAGCUCCGACGUGAGGCGAGGACUGUUUGCCGCUGCUUCUGUGGGCACAGAUCUUAGUUUGCAAAAUGAUCUCUAACCGGUCAAACGGGCUGUGAGCACUACGAGCAGCAUACACAGGUCAUACGUUGUGGUGUAGGAGCAAUAUGUGGCCGCCGUACUCACGCACUUCCUACCCUACGACUAACUGCAACGUAAUGCCUGCACAGUCGUCAACAACCGACCCACCCCGAACACCCGGCUUUGUCUACAUCCUCGGCUUCUCACAACACCAUUUCAACGCACAUUUCAAA